UAUUUGUAUACAUACUAGCCCUUACCUUGGUGCAAAAAUAAAUAAUUAUAAUAAAUACGUGCCAAUUAUUACUUGUAUUCUAGUAAUUAUUCAAUACUACGCAGAUGCAUUAAAAUUUUAAUAUAGAUUUUAUUUGAUAUUUGAUGCAUAAAGUGAGUAUUUAGAAAAAUGGAAAUAUCAAAUACAUAUUGUGGAGCUAGCUCACUUCAUGUUAUUUGUGAAAAAUAUAAAUUUGAACCAAAGAAACCCCUUAUUUUGUUUAAAGAUGACAAAAUAUUUGAUAAUUUUAAAUGGUUAGAUAUUAUAAAUUGCAGUGGGUCACUGGAUGAUAAAACAUUUGCCAAUAUUCCAAAUUUAGAGGUUAUAAACAUUCGCAAUUGUAAUAUUGAACAAAUAUUUGAUAAAACCUUUUUAACUUUGAAGUGCCUUAGAUCUCUUGAUAUAUAUAAAUCGAACUUUCCAAUUAAUGCAAAAACAUUUGAACACAGCACUGAAUUGGAAACAAUCAGAUUUCUGGAAAAUAAAAGACCAAUUUCCAACAUAAAGCUUUUUGAAACUUUAAACAAAUUAAAUCAAUUAUUUUUUUGUAAGGCAUCUGACCUAAUUAUUGCAGAAGAAUCAUUUUUGGGACUAAAUAACUUGCAUUACUUAUAUAUCCAAAAUUGUUCAGUUGAAGUUAUCAAUGCUAAAGCAUUUGUUAACUUAAAGUCAUUAAAAUAUCUAUUUAUGACAAAAAAUAUCAUUAAACAAUUCAGUGUUGAAGCUAUAUUGGCAUUAAAAUCAUUAAACAAUUUAGUGUUAUAUGACAACCAAUCAGAGGAAUCUAAACCUCUAGAGAUCAAUUACCAGGAGUUUGAAAAUUUACCACAACUGCAAACACUAUGUUUUCAAGAUGUAGUAUUGAAGAAUUUAGAUUUAACAAAAUUUACUAACUUGAAAAAUAUUCAGUUAGUCAUUGGACAAUCAAAUAAUGAAAUAGUUGAUUACUUAAAUGAAAAAAAUAUAGAUAUUGAAUGGAUUAGUGACAGUAACUUUGUAGAGGAUAAUGAAGACAUAAAUUUAAAACAGAAUAUACAAAUAUGUGGUUAAUAUUUAUAUCAUAUUUAUCUAUACAUAUUAAUAUGCCGUAUAAAAAAAACGGCGUCUAGUUGGCUUGAAUAUCACAAUGACAAUGACAUUCCCCAUAAUUUUACAAAUAAAAUAUCAGCAAUCUCAAUUUCAUAGCCAUCGCUGACGCCGUUUUUUUUUUCGAUCAGACAAUAUAAAAUAUUUAUAAUAUAUGAAUUAAAAAUAAAAGUAUCUUUUAAACUCAUCUCAUAUGGUUAUUUUAAUUGGCAGUUAAUAAUUUAAGUUAAAUAUAUAUAAUUUUGAAGAAAUUAACUGUUGGCAGGACCUGGUUAGGACACAAUUAAUGGUAAAACAAAAACAAUUUUAUUUUUAUAA